AUCGACAGACCGUUGCUGCCAAUGGCGCGAUUCCCGCAGCAGAGAGGACUCGUCUCGGCCCUUGCGGUGGGCCUUGCGAUGGCCACGAGGGUGGCUUCUUUUAGGGCAUACUCCUCUGUCCGGUCUCUCUCCUCCUACCGACGACCAGCCACUCAUCCCACCAACCGACGUCCACUCGAUGGGGAAAGAAGAGCACCCCACCGGUGGGUCGACUCUAGAGCCGGGCGGCGGCCACGCAUGAGCACCGCCGCCGCGCCCGCCGCCGCGCCUGCUGCUGCGGUAGAGGUGGUGGAGAAGGAGGAGCUACCGACUAACGAGAGUUCGCCGGAGCUGUUGAAGAUCCGGCAUACAUCGGCGCACGUGAUGGCCAUGGCGGUGCAGCGGCUUUUUCCGGGGACGCAGGUUACGAUCGGACCCUGGAUCGACAACGGGUUCUACUACGAUUUCUUUAACGAGGAGACGACGAUGACAGAUUCUGACCUCAAGGAGAUCAAGAAGGAGAUGGACAAGAUCAUCAGACAGAAGCUCCCGCUCGUGAGGGAGGAAGUCACCAGGGAAGAGGCAAGAAGGCGCAUUGAGGCCUUGGGGGAACCCUUCAAGCUUGAGAUUCUGGAUUCGAUCAAGACGGAACCCAUCACGCUUUACCACGUCGGGGACCAGUGGUGGGAUCUGUGCGCCGGUCCCCACGUUGACACAACUGGUGACCUUCCCCAGAAGGGCAUCGAGCUGCAGACGUUGGCCGGUGCCUACUGGCGCGGAGAUGAGAACCGGCCGGCGCUCCAGCGUAUCUACGGCACCGCAUGGGAAAACCCCGCCCAGCUCAAGGAACACAAGCGGCGUAUGGUGGAGGCCAAGCGGCGAGAUCACCGCGUUCUGGGCAAGAAACUCGACCUCUUUUCCCUGCAGGAAGAUGCCGGCGGUGGCCUGGUGUUCUGGCAUCCCAAGGGGUCGACUAUCCGAAUGCUGAUCGAGAACUUCUGGAAGGCGCAGCACCUCGAAAACGGUUACGAGCUGCUCUACACUCCGCACGUAGCCAACCUCGACCUGUGGAAGACUUCCGGGCACUUCGACUUCUACAAGGACGGGAUGUUCGACCAGAUGGAUGUGGAGGGAGACCAGUACCAGAUCAAGCCCAUGAACUGCCCCUUCCACUGCCUCGUGUACAAGGACGACCUUCGCUCUUACAGGCAUCUUCCGAUUCGUUGGGCCGAGAUGGGCACGGUGUACCGUUACGAGCGAAGCGGCACUCUCCACGGUCUGAUGCGAGUGCGAGGCUUCACCCAGGACGACGCCCACAUCUUCUGCCUACCGGAGCAGCUGGAGGACGAGAUCAUCUCCGUGCUCGACCUGACGGAGGCGAUCUUGAGCCGCUUUGGUUUCGACAGGCGAGUGUACCAGAUCAUGCUUUCCACCCGGCCGGAGAAGUCGGUGGGCACGGAUGAGAUCUGGGACCUUGCAACGGAGGGGCUGAAGGCAGCGCUUGAGCGCAAGGGCUGGGAUUAUUCGGUGGAUGAGGGAGGGGGUGCGUUCUACGGCCCUAAGAUCGAUCUCAAGAUCCGAGACGCUAUUGGCCGCACGUGGCAGUGCUCUACGGUGCAGGCGGAUUUCAACCUCCCCGACCGGUUUAAGCUGGAGUACAUCGACAGCUCGGGGGAAAGGAAGCAGCCCGUCAUGCUCCACCGCGCAAUCUUCGGUUCGCUGGAGCGCUUCUUCGGCAUCCUGGUGGAGAACACCGCGGGCACCUUCCCGUUGUGGCUGGCACCGGAGCAGAUGCGGCUGCUGCCCGUCACCGACGUUGCGAGAGACUACUGCCUAGAGGUGCAGUCGAAGUUCAAGAAGGCCGGGCUCCGAGUGAAGGUGGACAGAGGGUCAGAGCGGUUAGCCAAGCAGAUCCGCACAGCAGAAAAGGAGCGCAUCCCGGUGAUGUCCGUUGUCGGCGAGAAGGAGGUUGCCGCGGGGACCCUUGCCGUUCGGUCAAGAGGCUUCGGCGACAUGGGAGACGUGCCUGUCGAUGAGCUGAUCGCCAGCAUGCUCGAGGCAGAUGCUGCCGCCAAGGAGCUGCACGAAUUCCUGGAGCCCAAAGCGCAGGAAGCGGCAGAAGCUGCGGACGUGUAGAAGCCCGACGGUUCCACAACGGCGGCAGGGCAAUAACACAGUCAGUCAUGUUGCGUGGCGCUACGUACGGCAGAGUAAUAUCAAAGCCGUGUCGUAUGAUGAAAACUGGAUCCACCUUGGCAUUUUGUAGGUUAUCUGCUUUGGGCGUGCAUGUGAGGUCUGUAGAAUUUUGGCGAAUUAUUCUUGUCCGCGAGGGGAAGACAUCUGGAGCGUGGUAAACAUUUACUCCCGAAAUGACAUGUGUUGCUGCAAUAUACACACGUGUGCUACGGAAUAUUUAUGCUCGGCGUGUGUAUUUCGCCUGUCAGAAUAGGACUGGUCGAUACAGCAGCUUGUGUGCGAUGAACUACUAUUACGUGCCCGAACGAUUUCGCUUGUUGCUGAGCGGUGUUUCGUUGAUGGGGCUGGCCGUGCCACUCUGUGUGAUAGUGUGCGAUGAACUACUAUUACGUGCCCGAACGAUUUCGCUUGUUGCUGAGCGGUGUUUCGUUGAUGGGGCUGCCCGUGCCACUCUGUGUGAUAGUGUGCGAUGAACUACUAUUACGUACCCGAACGAUUUCGCUUGUUGCUGAGCGGUGUUUCGUUGAUGGGGCUGCCCGUGCCACUCUGUGUGAUAGACGACGAACGUGGCGUUCGCAUCGGCAGAUCAACGAACGGCGCGGCGUAAAAUAAACUCUGCAAUGCUUGUCCGAAACGUCAUGUACAAGUGGACGGGACCCAUGCUUCUUCGUGUGCGCACCUGGGUUAUGAUUUGUCAAGUUGAGGCAAGAGUCUCACGCGGCGCUGUCACCAACUAUACUCAGCGUUGUCUGUGUGACGCCACACAAUAUUUGGGCUUGCCUCGUGAGGCUCUUGAGUGUAA